AUGGGUACCGACAACGGUUCGCCGUCUCCCAUGUAUGGCGAGACGACAAAACAUCACCGUAACUGCGGACAACGCUUGGUCGACAGCUUCAGGAGAGACCCCAAUGCCGCCAUUAUCCCGACCACCACGGACAAGGAGGGUAAUAGACAUAUUGAUCUGGAGCAUGCCGCUGCCGCCACGGCCGAGUCUGGUCUGUCCCGGCGACUCAAGUCUCGCCAUCUUCAGAUGAUUGCCAUUGGUGGUUCCAUUGGCACCGGUCUCUUCGUCGGUUCGGGUGCGGCUUUGAGCACCGGUGGUCCGGCUUCGCUCGUCAUCGCCUUUAUCAUCAUUGGUGUUAUGCUUUACUGCACCGUUCAUGCGCUCGGUGAAUUGGCCGUCCUCUUCCCCGUCGCCGGUUCCUUCUCCGCCUACUCGACUCGUUUCCUCGACCCCGCCUGGGGUUUCGCCAUGGGUUGGAAUUACACGCUGCAGUGGCUCGUCACCCUCCCUCUGGAAAUUGUCGCCGCUUCCAUCACCAUUAGCUUUUGGAAUGACAAGAUCAACCAUGCCGCCUGGGUCGCCAUCUUCUUGGCCGUCAUCAUCUCCAUCAACUUGUUCGGUGUCAAGGGUUACGGUGAAGCCGAAUUCAUCUUUGCCAUUAUCAAGGUCGUCGCCGUCAUUGGUUUCAUCAUUCUUGGAAUUGUUCUCAACUGCGGUGGCGGUCCCAAGGGUAGCUACAUUGGUGGCAAGUACUGGCACAACCCUGGCGCCUUCCACGACGGCUUCAAGGGUCUUUGCAGUGUCUUUGUCACUGCUGCCUUUGCCUUUGCCGGUACUGAGCUGGUCGGUCUCGCGGCCGCUGAGACUGCCAACCCGCGCAAGUCUCUUCCCACUGCCAUUAAGCAGGUCUUUUGGCGUAUCACUCUGUUUUACGUGGUGUCCCUCAUUAUCGUUGGUCUGCUCGUGCCUUACAACGACCCUCGUCUGCUCGGCAAGAGCUCUGCCGACGCCAAAGCCUCUCCCUUUGUCCUGGCCAUUUACGACGCGGGAAUCCAAGUUCUCCCUUCGAUCAUGAACGUGGUUAUUAUGAUUGCUGUCCUGUCCGUCGGCAACUCGGCCGUCUACGGUUCGUCACGUACCCUGGCCGCUCUGGCCAACCAAGGCCAGGCACCCAAGAUCCUCGGAUACAUUGACCGCACUGGUCGUCCCAUUAUUUCGAUUCUUGUCGCUUCGUCUCUCGGAUUCCUUGCCUUCCUCGCCGCCUCGUCCAAGGAGGGCGAGGCCUUCACCUGGAUGCUUGCCCUGUCCGGUCUCUCCUCCAUCUUCACGUGGGGCUCCAUCAACUUGGCCCACAUUCGCUUCCGACGUGCCUGGAGGGUCCAGGGCCACUCUCUCGACGAGCUUGCUUUCCGCUCCCAGCCCGGCAUUGUCGGCUCCUGGAUCGGUUUCAUCCUCAACUGCCUGGUGCUUGUCGCCCAGUUUUGGACUGGCUUCGCCCCCGAGGGCUACAAGGACAUGUCCACCAACGACCUGGUGCAAAACUUUUUCGAGGGCUACCUGGCUGCUCCCGUCGUCAUUGCCUUUUACAUUCCUUACAAGCUCUACUACAAGACGCCCUUUAUGCGCGCCCGCGACAUUGACCUCCACACGGGUAUCCGCGAGAUGAACCUGGCCGAGCUCCUGGCCGAAGAGCGUGCCGAGCGCGCCACAUGGCCCAAGUGGAAGAAGGCCUACAAGUACAUGUGUUAA